AUGGGAGUUAAAGCACCAGACAUCACGGUCAAUGAGCGCUCUACUCAACCGGAAAUCAAAGCUGAGGGUAGGGACAGCACCGUAUCCUCCAUCGAGGAAGCAAAGCGUCCCUCUGAGGAGUCUGAAGAUGCUGCUGCAGAAGUCCUUCAGGCUGCUGGCGUUGGCUUCCGAAAGGACGACCCAAGUUUGCCAUGCUUGACGGUGCGCAUGUGGGUUCUCGCAAUAAUUGCAUGCUUGAUUGGAACCGGAGUCAACACACUGUUUACUUUCCGCCUUCCAUCCAUUACUCUGUCCCAGUCUGCUAUUCAGUUUCUUGCUUAUCCAGUUGGCAAGGUCUGGGAGUAUGUUGUUCCAGACUGGGGCGUUACACUAUUUGGCAGGCGGCAUAGUCUCAAUCCUGGCCCGUUCAAUUAUAAGGAAAAUAUCCUGAUCUAUAUCAUGGCCAACCUGAGCUUUGCAACUCGAUUGAGCGCCGAUGUUUUGACGGAGCAGCGUGUAUUCUACGGCCUCAAGCUAGGAUGGGGAUUCGAACUGAUCGUAACAUUCGUAACGAUUCUGUUUGGACUUUCGAUCGCCGGUCUCUCGCGUUCAAUCAUUACUGACCCAAAGACACUGACCUGGCCGGGUGUGCUUGGGAACACCGCUCUCAAUGCUGCCCUGCAUUCCACAAAUGAUAAGGAUGAUGAGACCACUGGGAGCCGGUGGAAAGCAUCUAGAUACAAGUUCUUCCUCAUCGCUGCCGCUAUUUCUUUCGGUUGGUACUGGUUCCCCGACUUCAUCUUCCCAGCUCUGGGUUAUUUCACAUGGGUGUGUUGGAUUGCGCCCAAAAACGCUGUUGUCAGCCAAGUUUUUGGAAUGAAGAGUGGCAUCGGAUUGUUGCCUUUCACCUUGGACUGGGCACAGAUUGCUUAUACUGGCUCACCACUGGUGGUUCCAACUUGGGCAAUUCUUAAUAUCCUAGCCUCUCUUGUCUUUUGGAUCUACAUCAUCUCCCCGGCCCUCUACUACUCAAACACUUGGUCUUUCGCAUACUUUCCGAUCCAGAGCACGGACAUCUUUGACAACAUGGGCAAAAGCUAUAAUGUGACCAAGGUUGUUAAUAAGGCUGAUGACUUUACCUUGGACUAUGGAAAGUACAAAGCAUACUCUGAUAUCUACCUCCCAACAACAUAUGCACUGACCAAGUUUGGUCUAUCGUUUGCAUGCAUUUCGUCGCUCUUCGUAUGGCUUUUGUUGGAGAAACGAAAGGACGUGAUGAAGGCAAUCAAGUCUUCAGAUGUUCUUCGUCUAUUCAAGGAAGGGGACGUCGAGCGUGAAUCGUCCCAACCCGGUUACAAGUCAGUGCCAACCUGGUGGUAUCUGGUGACAUUGGCCAUUUCCGUUGGCCUUGGGAUAUUUGUUAGCGAAUAUUACCCAGUCCAGCUUCGUUGGUACGGCGCUAUACUGGCAUUCGUUGUCUCGGCCGUCUUCUUUAUCCCUUUGGCAUUGAUCUGUGCUGCUACCGAUCUACAUGUCUCAAUUGAUGUGUUCUGUCGAAUCAUCGCUGGAUAUAUUUGGGAAGGCAAGGUCCUCGCAAAUAUUUGGUUUUUCGACUUGGGUUACAUUACUGGCAUCAAGGGUUUGUGGUUUGCCCAAGACCUAAAACUCGGUCUUUACUGCAAUAUCCCCCCUCGAGAUUUGUUUACAGUCCAGGCUGUUGGCAUCGUCAUCAGCACGUUAAGCCAAGUUUCAGUCGUUAACUGGGCAUUGGAGCAUAUACCCAACAUUUGCACCAACAAGGCGGCCAACGGUUUCACCUGCCCAUUUUCUAAAACUCAUUUCAACACAAGUAUGGUAUGGGGCGCACUUGGUCCGCGAAGAUUCUUUGAGCCUGGUUCUCAGUACCGCCCGCUUCUCUGGUUCUUCCUCGUGGGCGCAUUCCUCCCAGUGGUCGUGUUCCUAGUGAAGAAGAAAUUUGGAAAAUCUCGUUGGAUUCAGAAAAUCCAUGUUCCCGUUUUUCUGGGCGGCUUGAACUACAUUCCUCCUGCCUCUGGGACCAACUACGGCAGCUGGGCCAUCGUAGGCCUUAUUUUCGGCUGGUGGGUCAAGAGGCAUGCUCGAAAGUGGUGGAUGAAGUACAACUUCGUCCUCAGCUCAGCGCUCGACUGCUCCCUUGCAAUUGCUGGGAUCGUUAUAUUCUUCACUGUUUUCUACACGGGCGCCGCAGACAACUUCAAUUGGUGGGGAACAUCUGUUUACAAGAACACUUGCGAUUGGAAAGGAUGUCCAUACAAGGCUGUAGAAACUGGUCAUAAGAUCGGUGAGCUUUAG